CCGGUGACGCGGCACGCAGCAGCGGUCUCAGUGGGUGUCCAUUGUUUGAGGGCUUCAGUCGGAGGAAGGCAGGAUGUUGAGGCUUCGCUGUAAGACCAAAAAUGGGAGCCACCUCAUGCAGGGCUUGACCCAGCAGUCCUGCGUCCAGGAGCUGAAGAGGAAGGUGGAGGAGCUGACGGGGAUCCCCUGUGACCUGCAGAAGAUCAUGGUGGGCUACCCGCCGGCCAGCCUGGACCUCCGGAACGGAGACGCCCACCUCAAGGAUUUCCCCAUCAAAUCAGGUGACACGCUCAUUGUUGAGGAAGAAAAAAACAAGCCAAAGCCUCAGGAUCAUCCCACUGUGACUAAAGUGCCGCGCCUGGAAGCCUCCCCCGUGCUGGCACGCCGCGUGGUCCCGGCCGACAACUCCUGCCUCUUCACCAGCGUGUUUUAUGUGGUGGAAGGAGGCGUGUACGACGCCGUGUGUGCUCCUGAGAUGCGGAGCCUCAUCUCCCAGAUCGUGUCCAGCGACCCCACAGCGUACUGCGAAGCGGUGCUGGGGAAGACCAACGAGGACUACUGCACCUGGAUAAGCCGCGACGACACCUGGGGGGGCGCCAUCGAGGUGUCCAUCCUGUCCAAGUUUUACCAGGUCGAGAUCUGCGUGGUGGACACCCAGACGGUCCGAGUGGAUCGCUUCGGGGAGGACGCCGGUUACCGCAAACGCGUGCUGCUCAUCUACGACGGCAUCCACUACGACCCGCUGCAGAAGGAAACCCCCGGCUCCGACGUCCCACCCCAGACUAUCUUCUCCACCACGGACGACGUAAUUCUGGCCCUGGCCCUGGAGCUGGCAGACGAGGCUCGGCGCAAGCGGCAGUUCACGGACGUAAACCGCUUUGCGCUGCGCUGCAUGGUGUGCCAGACCGGCCUGGUGGGACAGAAGGAAGCUCGCGAGCACGCCAAGGAAACAGGCCACACCAACUUUGGGGAGGUGUGAUUUUUAUUUUGUCC